GAGCUGCGGCAAUAGAUGAUUCGUUUCCAAGACACUCGGAAAGAAGAGAAAAAAGACGCAGACGGAGAGCUAUGGGGCAACGUGGAAGCGCAGGCCGCCUUCCUCGGCCCAAACCUCUGGGACAAAACUCUGCCCUAUGAUGCCGACCUGAAGGUAUUGAACCAUUAUGUGGAUCUCGACGAGUUCCUCUCCGAGAAUGGCAUUCCUGCGGACGGCGUGGCCGGUGGUGGGCAGGGCACGACGCAGAGCGGGCCGUUGCACAAGAUCAACAACGCCGAGGCGCCCGGACACCAGGGACCGGCCGGCGUCCAUCUGGAGCCGGUGACCAAGCGCGAGAGAUCACCCUCGCCGAGCGAAUGUUGCUCACCCGACACCAUGAACCCUCCCUCGCCCGCGGACUCCACGCUCUCGAUGGCCUCAUCGGGGCGAGACUUCGAUCCACGCACCCGGGCCUUCUCCGACGAGGAGCUCAAACCCCAACCGAUGAUCAAGAAAUCACGGAAGCAGGUGAGUUCGUUCGUUCCGGAUGACCUGAAGGAUGACAAAUACUGGGCGCGUCGUAGGAAGAAUAACAUGGCAGCGAAACGAUCACGGGACGCGCGCCGCAUGAAGGAGAACCAGAUCGCUCUCAGGGCCGGCUUCCUCGAGAAAGAAAACAUGGGCCUGCGGCAGGAACUGGACCGGUUAAAGAACGAGAACAUGCUCCUGCGCGACGAGCUGAGCAAAUACACGGAGGUCUAACAGCGCGGCGGGCAAGCGGAACAACGGCUCGCCCCGGGGUCGAGACGGGCCCGGGCGCGAACGUCUGUUGCGCCGGCACCACCCGCACCAAUAGUCGCAGCACUUAGGUAUCGCCAGUCCGGAAGAAAACUGAAAAAGGGAAGGAAGGAGCGCGCCGAAUCACGAGACCAUCCUCGACAAUUGAACAGAAGAGCCCACUUUCCCAGAGGAUCCCGAUGAUGUCCUUCGAAGAAGUUCUAA